UCUGUCUAAAAUCAUACUAAGCUACUACUAUUUCUACAUUAAAAAGCUCGAUUUGUGUCGUUUCCUGAUCAUCGUGGUUUCAGAGAUUCCAAAUGAGCCGUUUGCAAGAUUUCAGUUGUUUCUGUCAAUGUUUGCACUGCAGGAGAGACGUAGUAUUGUUCAAACAACCGAUCUGAACAGUUCUGACGCUUUUCAAGCAAUGAAUGGUAUAAAUAAAACGAUGGCUCAUCAUCAGAAGCUCAAGAUACAAAAGUGCAACUGCAGGGUACCUGCUUGUCAUGAAAUCAAACCACCGGUUAAACACAUCCAGAAACCAAGCAGUAGAAAGAUAUUUGUUUCCUCGGCCUUCUUCUUUCACAAGAUCUUUUACAGGUGUAAUGGACACAAAACUACAGUUCAAGUUGUUUGCUUUAACAACAUCAUCAGUAAUGAGGCCAAAGCUUCUCCACAGUGCUCGGUUUGCAGAUCCCAUGUCACUAGUCACAGCUAUGACAUAGUUCCGUCUGUGGAGUUUCCUGUGAAAUGGUAUGCUACUAUCUGUUUCCACCGUGAUGACAGUCCUCCCAACAUAAACACAAGAGCAUGAGUGGCAGUACCACAAUGACCAGGCAAAGUCACAUUCCCAAGCAAUUGUCCACUACUUGCAUCAUACUCAAUACUAGAUGUAAUGGACAUUUCAUCUAAUGUGAGACAGCAGACUCUUUCCUCUUCACACAAAUCAUUUACCUUCACUGCUAAGUAUUCAAAAACUUGGUUGAGUAUGCCGGGCUCAAAUAGAACUGUUUCCAUCCGUCGUCGAAGAGUUCGAAGAGAUGGUAAAGGAAACUGCUGUUUUAAAAAUGACCACCGAAUUCCUCGCAUUCCUCGGGACAAUGCUAGCAGCUGAUCUUCAGCAAAAAGUUUUUUAAUCUUUGAUUCCUGACUUGCCAUUUGCUUACUGUUGUAGAGGAAUCAAUUGAAAGGGUAUUAGAUUCAUCCACAUCUAUAUCUAGAUCUGCCACACUGGUUUCAUAUGCUACAGAGUCAUGUCGAGUUGCCUCGUCAUCAUUGGAAUUAUGUUCAGCUGUACAUUAAUCAAUUGAGAUAGAUUAGUUAACUUGCAUUAAUUGUACUUGGUUCUUCAUAGUAGUAAUUUAAACAAUUGAAAAAUGGAAAACAAUCCCAAGAUUGAAGAAACUUCUACUAAACUUUGAAAUUAUGUCUACAUGUGUGCCUGUUGUCAUUAUUGCGUGUGUGUGUUCUAUCAUGUGUAAUUUGCAGUUUUCUUUGUAGUUUUAUAAAUAUAGUACAGUCGA